AUGACUACUUCCGGUGCCGGCCACGACGAGUGGUGUCUGAUCGAGUCCGACCCGGGCGUCUUCACCGAGCUGAUCCGCGGCUUCGGCGCCACCGGCGUCCAGGUGGAGGAGCUGUACAGUCUCGAGCCGGAGUGCUUCGAGAAUCUCAAGCCAGUGCACGGCCUGAUCUUCCUGUUCAAGUGGGUGGCGGACGACUUCUCCGACGGGAGCCGCCUGACGGACAAGGCGAUCCUCGACGAGCUCUUCUACGCCAAGCAGGUCAUCCACAACGCCUGCGCCACCCAGGCGCUGAUCAGCAUCCUCAUGAACUGCCACCACGGCGACCUGAAGCUGGGGCAGACGCUGGCGGACUUUAAGGAGUUCACGCGCAGCUUUGACGCCCACCUGAAGGGCCUGUCGCUGUCGAACGCCGACCAGAUCCGCGCCGUGCACAACAGCUUCGCCCGGCAGCAGGUGUUCGAGUUCGAGGGCAAGUCGAAGAAGAAGGAGAAGGAGGACGCCUUCCACUUCAUCUCCUACAUCCCCUUCGCCGGGCGACUCAUCGAGCUGGACGGCCUGAAGGAGGGCCCCUACGACCUGGGGCCGAUCGCCGAGGGCGACGACUGGGUGGCCACCGCCCGGCCGCACAUUGAGAAGCGCAUGCAGAAGUACGCCACCGGGGAGAUUCACUUCAACCUGAUGGCGCUGGUCAGCGACCAGAAGAUGGUCCUCUCCCGACGGCUGGCAGAGCUGACGGCGGCCAAGCCAGCGGAGCAGGGAUCUGCCAUCUCCGAGGAGGUGCAGCUGCAGGUGGAGCACCUGAAGAUGCUGAUCGGCGACGAGGAGGCGAAGAUGGAGCGCUACAAAGCGGAGAACAUCCGCCGCAAGCACAACUACCUCCCCCUCAUCGUCGACAUCCUCUCGAUGCUCGCCGAACAGGGCAAGCUGGUGGAGCAGUACGAGAAGGCGAAGAGCAAGUCCAUUCAGCAGCUGAAGCUGAAGAAGAAGAAGAAGCCCUCCGGCGAGUCAUCAUCCUAG